CAAAUAGCUAACUGCUAUCUGGAAGGAGCAACACAGGUUGGCUGUUAGUCUGAACUAUCUCUACAGAUACACUUGAAUUUGCAGAGUAUCUUUGUCUUUCUCUGAACACUCGCUGCCUGCAAUAUGAACCCUCAACCAGUAAUUGUGACUCAGCCACAGAUUAUGGUGGUCCAGCAGCAGCGAAACCAGUGGCAGACCGGCUUAUGUGACUGUUGUACCGACUGUGGCGUAUUUUGCUGUGGACUGUUCUGCUAUCCGUGUUUAGGAUGCCAAGUGGCUGGAGACAUGAAUGAAUGCUGCCUUUGUGGCUCAACUAUGGCAAUGAGGUCUGUCUACAGGACAAAAUAUGGGAUCCCGGGAUCCCUCUGUGAUGACUUCUGCACUGUCCUUUGCUGCCCUGUUUGUUCUCUUUGCCAAAUCAAGAGGGACAUCAAUAGGAGGAGAGACUUGGGCAUCUUCUAGAUUUGAUUUGCCUAACAGUUACAUGGUUCACAAUCCUCCAUUACCAGAAAUUGAAAAUUUGAGCUUGUACUGAUAUUUUUGAAUGGAGAAGUGCGUACUCUGCUCCUAAUGCUUCAUCUUUAAUAUGUAAUUUUAUACUGGAAAAUUUAUCUAGAAAAUAAUAAAUAACCUUUCACUUCA